AUGUUCUCCCGCUGCCCGGUGCCGCUCUCGUUCGCCGGCCUUUGGAUGUGGAUGGUCCUGAUGGUCCAUAGCUCCAUGGAAGAGCGCAACUGGGAAUACGAGCCCUUCUCCAUAGCUGCCUUCAGUUCGGACGAGAGCCUGCUGAAGAUUGGAGGGAGGAUCAAUCGGUUGAAGCGCGGCGAGUUCGCCUGUUCGAUGACCGUCGACUGGAACUACGAUCCGGAUGAGAACACAAUGAUCGAGGCCGAUGCGUAUCACAGCAGCACGGUCGUUGAGAGCGACUACAAGAUCCUGCCGUGGUCCAUUCCCCAGCAGCCCUUCUUUGAGUUCCUGAACGGCUUUUACAAGGACGCCUUCAUCAAGAACGUCGGCCACUGCUCCAAUUUGGUCCAGUCCGAGGGCGACUACGUGCCGCCCUGGCCUACGACUGGAACUACGAUGAUCGAGGCCGAUGCGUAUCACAGCAGCACGGUCGUUGAGAGCGACUACAAGAUCCUGCCGUGGUCCAUUCCCCAGCAGCCCUUCUUUGAGUUCCUGAACGGCUUUUACAAGGACGCCUUCAUCAAGAACGUCGGCCACUGCUCCAAUUUGGUCCAGUCCGAGGACGACUACUUGCCGCCCUGGCCCAGGAACGUCUACACACUCGACAAGUGCUUGGUCAACGGCGAUGGGCUGACAGAAAUAGUCCCCGAGGGGUUCUACAAGAUCGUCUACAAGGCCAGCGGCCAGGUGGAUUGGGGCUGCAUCCUCAUUGUGAAGGUCACCACAAAAUUGAUCUAA